ACUCUAGAAGUAUUGGGAUCAGCUGCUUCCUACCUGUAAUCAUUCUGCAGGGCACAUGCAUUCAUCACCGGGGGUUAUGCUCUACUUCCCAGGCUACCUGUUCAGGUAGACGGGAAACAGCAGCCUCCCUGGGAAGAAAAACACUUUUUGACAAUGAAGGAUUAUGCUGAUGCCAUUUCUUUUCUGGGCGAGUGGGGAUGUUUCCAGCAGACUGUCUUUUUCUUGCUGUGUGCCAGCAUCAUGCCGAAUGGAUUUGGGGCUUUUAACCUCGUUUUCCUGACCGACACACCAAGUCACCACUGCCUUGUACCUGGGAUCAACCUAACAGAAGACUGGCUGAAAAGUAUCAUACCAAUAACCGUGGUGAAUGGGAGAGAGGAGCUGAGCAGGUGCCGCCGGUACAGACUGGAUUUGGUGAAGAAUCUCUCUGCUCAGGGCUAUAUUCCAGGCAGGGACGUUAACCUCACUGAUUUGGAGGAAGAAAGUUGCGUGGAUGGGUGGAGCUACAGCAAAGACAUUUACCAAUCAACUAUAGUGACCGAGUUUGACUUGGUGUGCGGUGAGCAGUGGAAGGUGCCGUUCACCUCCACGGUCUUCUUCGUGGGAGUUCUGUGUGGGUCAUUUUUCUCAGGACCAUUAGCAGACAGAUAUGGAAGAAAACCUGUCCUUUUUGCAACCCUGGCAGCGCAGACAGUUUUUACAUUCGUUGCAGUCUUCUCUACAUCAUGGAUUAUGUUUCUCAUCUUCCUCUUCUUCAAUGGAUUGGGCCAGAUAUCCAACUUUGUGUCUGCUUUGGUGUUGGGAGCUGAGAUCUUAACUGGAAACAUCCGCAUCCUUUACUCAUCUCUGGGCACCUGUUUAGCGUUUGCUUUAGGCUACAUGAUACUACCUCUCUGCGCUUACUUUUUAAGGGACUGGAAAUCCCUCCUCUUGGCUCUGUCUGUUCCUUGCCUGGUUUACAUCCCCCUCUGGUGGAUCCUGCCCGAGUCUCCUCGUUGGUUACUUUCUAAAGGCAGAAAUGAAGAAGCCGAGGCCGUAGUGAGGAAAGCUGCUGAGUGGAACAAAGUUCAAGCUCCAGCAGUCGUCUUUGAGGAUUGUUAUAUCCCAAACUCUCCAAAGGAAAACUACAGUGCUUUAGACCUGUUGAGGGAGAGCAGCAUCAGAACCACAACGGUCGUCCUCUGCUUGGUGGCAUUCACCCUGACUACCGGCUAUUACAGCCUGAACUUUAACACGGCCCAGCUCCAUGCUGACCCCUUCCUCAGCUGUUUCAUCUCAGCAGUAGUAGAGAUCCCAGGUUACGUUUCCAGCUGGAUAUCUCUGCGAUGUUUUCCACGGCGGCCAUCUGUCAUUGGUCUUUUGAUCUGCGGAGCAGCGUUUCUUUUCCUGAUUCAACUGGUCCCAGAACAUCUAUCCAGUCUGGCUCUCACACUGGAGAUGAUAAGCAAAUAUGCUUUUACCACCGGUUUCUCCCUGAUGUUUGCCUACACCACAGAGCUUUACCCGACAGUGCUCAGGAACACAGCCACAGGAACAACUAACACUGUCGGCAGGUUGGGAAGUUGCAUCACCCCUUUCCUGUUGAGUCUAACAGGUGCUUUUAUCCAAAGCGACUUACAUCUGAGAGAACAACACAAGCAAGAAAUCACAUAGGAGGUUCCAGCUGGAUAAGUGCUGGUCAGACUGCUGUGAGUCCAGUUGGACGCAGGUGCUGCCAUGUUAGUGCUAGAAUUUUUUUUUUUGUUCCCUUCCCACCCAACACAGCAGUCCCUUUAUACAAGAAAGCUACGUCUAAAAAGACGUCAUCAUAUGAUCAUCUUGUCAUAAGUGCAUGCAGUUUACUCGCUGCUGAGUCCUGCAAAGAGCUGGAUCUUCUAACUAAUUCUGAUGAGCAGAGAAGUUUACUAGAUGCAGAAGGGCUCCUUAAAGAGCUGAGUCUUUAGCUUGCUCUUAAAAGUAGGUCCAGACCCUGCAAACAAGACAGUUUGGUAGGUUAUUCAAUCAUCGGGGAACAAUGGAGGAGAAGAGUCUGGCUGCUGAUUUCACACCACGUUGUGGUGGAAGCACCACAAGUGCGUACUAAAGUUUUGCAUAUACUCACACGUGCAUUUAUGAAACAUGUUUAUAAAGAAUUUUCAGCUAAUCUGAAGCUCCUU